UUAUUAUGUAAUAUCAGAAGUGCAUCGAUUCUGUGUCGAGCAAAUGUUUCCUGUUGUCGGCAGUGACAACAGAGAAAGCAGUUUUCAGACGCUUAUCGGAGAGAAAACUGAGAAAUAUCCCUGACAAGCUCGAUCUUAGUGAGAGAUUGACAAGGGACGGUGGUAAAAAUGGAUGGAGAAGAGAAGACCUAUGGUGGAUGUGAAGGGCCAGAUGCCAUGUAUGUGAAGUUGAUCUCCUCUGAUGGCCAUGAGUUUAUCGUGAAGAGAGAACACGCUCUGACGUCUGGAACAAUCAAAGCUAUGCUUAGUGGUCCUGGCCAGUUUGCUGAGAAUGAAACAAAUGAGGUCAACUUUCGAGAGAUCCCAUCUCACGUUCUUUCUAAAGUGUGCAUGUACUUUACAUAUAAAGUCCGCUAUACUAAUAGUUCAACAGAAAUCCCAGAAUUUCCCAUUGCCCCAGAGAUAGCACUGGAGCUUCUGAUGGCUGCGAACUUCUUAGAUUGUUAAACAUGAAAAAGAAACACUCAUAUACACGUCUGUAAUGCAGAAUAAAUAUGAAAAGCAAAAUAUUAUUGGUUUAUUUUAUUGCUUUAAUACGUUUAGGUAUGCAAACGGAGAUCUGGUGUGCUGAAUUCAAAAUAUAACUGUGUUUGGUCAUUUGUUAUAUUAACCUGUAAUUUUCCCCUGGUUUUUUUUUAUUGCUCUUUUAUUAGUGGAUAUCUAAGGUAUUUUGAUUUUACUUUUUAUUAUUUUAAGCUUUGACACAGUAUUAACUUGAUAAUUUAUGUAUUGCAAAAUAAAGAUGCAUGAAGUGAUGCUCUCAUAUUAAAUAUUUUAAUGACUAGAGUCAACCUGACAGACAAUUUUAUAAAGUAUCUGUUUGUGUUAACAAGUAAAAAAUUCAGUUGAAAUAGAUUUGUUAUAACUUUUCUGCAUGUGGAGUCCUCAAAAAAAGUCUUGUAAUUGACCGCAGUGGUCAUUCAUCAGUUGUUUAAUGAAUAAAAUCAGCUGUUCUUGAAAA